AUGAUACUUGAUUCUUUAUUACCGAUACCUGCUUCUCUUUUAGUCAUACCUGCUUCUCACUUGCUGUUACCUGCUUCUCAUUUAAUCAUACCUGCUUCUCUCUUACUCUUACCUGCUUCUCUUUUAAUCAUACCUGCUUCUCUCUUACUCUUACCUGCUUCUCUUUUAAUCAUACCUGCUUCUCUCUUACUCUUACCUGCUUCUCUUUUAAUCAUACCUGCUUCUCUCUUACUCUUACUGAUCCCUGCUUCUCUAUUACUGAUACCAGCUUCUCUUUUAAUCAUACCUGCUUCUCUCUUAAUUCUCUCUUUAAUCAUACCUGCUUCUGUCUUACUGAUACGUGUCUCUCUUUUAAUCGUACCUGCUUCUCUCUUACUGUUACCUGCUUCACUUUUAAUCAUACCUGCUUCUAACUUGCUGAUAUCUGCUUCGCUUUUAAUCACAACUGUUUCUCGCUUACUGAUACCUGCUUCUUUAUUGCCUACACCCGCUUCUCGUCUAAUCAUACCUGCUUCUCACUUACUCAUACCUGCUUCUCUCUUACUGAUGUCUGGAUCGCUUUUUAAUCAUACCUGCUUCUCUCUUACUGUUACAUGCUUCCCUUUUAAUCUUACCUGCUUCUUUCUUAUUGAUAUCUGCAUCUCUAUAGCUGUUACCUGCUUUUCCUUUAAUCAUACCUGCUUCUCUAUUAUUGAUACCUUCUUCUCUAUUGCCGAUACCUGCUUCUCUUUAAAUUAUACCUGCUUCUCUCUUAUUUUACCUACUUCUCUUUUUAUCAUACCUGCUUCUGUCUUACUGAUACGGGUCUCUCUUUUAAUCGUACCUGCUUCUCUCUUACUGUUACCUGCUUCUUUAUUGCCGAUACCCGCUUCUCUUUUAAUCAUACCUGCUUCUCUCUUACUGAUAUCUGUUUCUCUUUUUAAUCAUACCUGCUUCUCUCUUACUGUUACCUGCUUCUCUUUUAAUCAUACCUGCUUCUGUCUUACUGAUACCGGCUUCUCUUUUAAUCAUACCUGCUUCUCUCUUACUGAUAUCUGUUUCUCUUUUAAUCAUACCUGCUUCUCUCUUACUGUUACCUGCUUCUCUAUUGCCGAUACCUGCUUCUCUUUUAAUCAUACCUGCUUCUCUCUUAUUUUUACCUGCCUCUCUUGUAAUCACACCUGCUUCUCUCUUACUGUUACCGGCUUCUCUAUUAGCGAUACCGGCUUCUCUUUUAAUCAUACCUGCUUAUCUCUUACUGAUACCUGCUUCUCUUUUAAUCAUAUUUGUUUCUCUCUUACCGAUACCUGCUUUUCUUUUAAUCAUACCUGCUUUUCUCUUACUGUUAUAUCACUUUCGACUGAUACCUCCUCCUCUUCAACCAAUAUCUAUUUUUCUUCGUCUAAUAUCUGUGUCUGUCUUAACGUUGUUCUUUUCUCUAACCGAUAUAUUUUUCCUUAUGACCGACAUCUUCGGAAAUUUAAAUUGAAAGGCUCGACAGCUUUUCUCUUUGAACUUUGGAACGGCAACUCACCCGCAAACAUGCCCUCUCUUUCUCUUUCUCUCUCUCUCUCUCUCUCUCUCUCUCUCUAA